AUGUUCAGAAGGUUGAUCUAUGCAUGGUUGAUUGGUCUUGGGCUUGCGGGUAUUCUUGAAGGUAAUUUUGACUUUUUAAGCUUUUUAAAAAAAGUUCUUGUUUUGUAAAGAAAGUUUCUUCCAUUUUUUAUUUUGUAAAGAAAGUCUUUGCCAUUUUUUGUUUUGUAAAGAAAGUUCUUGCCAUUUUUUGUUUUGUAAAGAAAGUUCUUGCUAUUUUUUCUUUGUAAAGAAAGUUUCUUCUAUUUUUUUAUUUUGUAAAGAAAGUUCUUGCCAUAUUUGGUUUUGUAAAGAAAGUUCUUGCCAUUUUUUGUUUUGUAAAGAAAGUUCUUGUCAUUUUAAACCUAUUUUCAGACAGAGAAGUGAUAUGUUCAUCAGACAAGAUCGUAGUAAAUCUCAGCUUCGCUCGACCAUUCCGAGGCGUGGUUUUUGCCAAAGACAGAUAUUUGGAUAAGGAAUGUCGAUGGUUAGGUAAUGGUGGUCAUUACCUACUGGUAGCUGUCCCCUUGAGCUACAAAAACUCUACAGUGCUUGGAGAGGGGUUCUGUGGCAUCAGGUUUGAUUCUGUAAGCUUUUUUAUUUUGCGGUCAAAAAGUUCGUAGAAAAAAUUAAAAGAUUCAUAUUAGGGUAGAGUAGGGUAUGGUAUGGUAUGGUAUAGUACGGUAUUAAAGUUUUUAUUUUCAGAAAACGGGUGAACAUUCAGUGACAUUAAUAAUCAGCCCAGACCCAGUGAUACUGACAGAUGAAAGUAUAGCACUACAAACACAUUGUGUACAGACGAUAGAGGACUUUGUUAUUACACUCGAGCCUCCAAAGAACGAUGGAGCUUUCAAAGUGUCGUAAGUUACUUUACUUUAUCAUAUCCUACUUUACCCGAUCGUACCCUACCCUACCCUACCCUACCUUAUUCUACCCUACCCUACCCUACCCUACCCUACCCUACCCUACCCUACCCCACCUUACCCUACCCUACCUUACCCUACCCCACCCUACCCUACCCUACUCUAACCUACUCCAUUUUAUUUUACCGUACGUCACCGUAUCCACUGUACUUUAAUGCAACUUACAGUAUGAUACAGUAUUUUACCUAUAUUACCUUAACAUUUCUAUCAUACUUUGCACUAUUCUAACAUAGCUUACAUUACGAGUUCGUAUUUUGCCAUACCUUGUCCUAUCGGACCCAAUUGUAAAUACCUUACCGUAUCUUACCGUAUUCUGCUAUACCUUACUUUUUUAUACUUUAUUUUAACCAGCUCUUGCAUACGCCUACCUACUAUAAUAUCAUAGUUUUUUAAUUUCCAGACGAAGUGAAUCAAUGACAGUAACCGGAAACGCUGAAAAAGUGCCAUCCUUAUCAUUGAGAGUACUGGGUGACCACGGUUAUAAAGGGAAUGUCAUAACUGAAGGUUCUGUUGGUCAGAGGAUAACAUUGGACGCUAGGUUGGAGGAGUCUUGUGAGUUCUAUGAACUUUUGGACCGAGGAUUAAAAAAACUUCUAUAAACUUUUUGACCUUAAUAUCAAAAUUUAUUUCUACAAACUUUUUGACCGCCUAUACUAUAAUAUACUAUUUCCAGCCGUCUUUGACAUGUUCGUGCACGACUGUGUAGCCCACGAUGGUACCAACCAUCCAGAUGCCUCUGUACCUAUAAUCGAUAGUAAUGGAUGUGCUGUGAAAUUACUUCGAGCUAUUGAUCCGCCCGUGUUUUCAUCCUCCCCCAUGAAGAAUAUGGCUAAACAUGUGUAUAUUCAUCUGUAUGGGUUCCAAUUUACUAGUGCUAGUACAGUACAUUUUGAAUGUAAAGUUACUACGUGUUUGAAUGAAUGUCCUAUGAAAGUAGGUUUUAUAUUGACUUUCUAUAGACUUUUUGACCAUUUAUUCCAAAAAAUUAGCAUUUUUUAAAAAAAUUUUUGACUUUAGCAAUGCCCUGAUGAAGGCCUAUCUACUGUAACAUCGGCUGGAGAAAAACUCAAGACUUUUGUGAUAAAAACAGCUUUAGUCAUCGUUGCACCAUCUUCUCAUCCUCAAUGUAAGUACCAAGCCCUAGCCCAGAGCCCUAGCCCAGAGCCCUAGCCCAGAGCCCUAGCCCAGAGCUCCAGUCCUUGUCUUAGCCUUAGUCCUCAGUUUAGCCAUGUCUUUAGCUCUAGCUUUGGCAGUAACCUUAUUCAUAGCCAUAGCCUCAGACUUGGCCUCAGCUCAUCUAUAGUUCUAGCCGUUUAGCCGUGGCAUUAAUUCUAGCCUGCAUUUUAGCCUUAUUUUAGGCCUAAUAUUAGUUAUAGCUUCUGGUUUAGGCUUAACGCUAACCUUAUUUUCGGUUCUAGCCCAAGUCUUAGCGAUAGGUUUAGCCCUAGUCUCUAUCCUAGCUUCCGUCCUAGCCUUAGCUUUAGCUUUAGUUUUAGCCUAAACCCUAUUUUUGGUUCUAGUCGAAGCCCUAGCAAUAGGUUUAGCCUUAACUGCAGUCCUAGCUUCACAAAUUGGUAAGGCAGCCUAUCGCUACCGCAGCCUUGCCUCAUGCCUCUCUAAUCCUCACCUCUACCACCUCCUCACCGCUUUUUUAUAUGCCGGCUCAAACUACAGCCCUACCGUAGCACUAAGUUAAGUCCACCUAAAAUAGCUUUACGUUAAUUCUAGUCCAGGACUUCGUUUAUCACAUGUUUAACAUUAACAUCAUUUAUUAGCUUAGAACUUGUUUUAGCCCAAGCAAUGGAAAUGAAUGAGCAAAGAGAAUGUUUGGAGCCCCAAAUGGCCGUGUUUGUAUGUUUGGGGACAGUGCUCGUCUUCUGUAUAUUAACCUACUUUACUCGGAAGUUGAUACGAAGUUAUAAUCAGUUUGUUAGUGAGAAGCGAUGA